AAGUGGGAGGGCUUGGAGGGUAGCAGGAGGCCCGUGGAGCAGCUGUGGUCAGAGCGGAGCGGAUUUUUGGAGCACUGUCGCUGUGCCGGGCCCACGAGCGACUGUAACUUCACUGCCAAGAUGUCCGACGAGGAGCAAGAGCAGACCAUAGCCGAAGAUCUGGUGGUCACCAAAUAUAAGAUGGGUGGUGACAUCGCCAACCAGGCUCUUCGUCUGGUCUUGGAAACAGCAAAACCCGGCGUUUCUGUGCUCAGCCUGUGUGAGAAAGGGGACGCCUAUAUCAUGGCUGAGACUGGAAAGGUCUUCAAGAAAGAAAAGGAAAUGAAAAAAGGCAUUGCCUUUCCCACCAGCGUCUCAGUCAAUAACUGUGUAUGCCACUUCUCUCCCCUGAAGAGUGACCCUGACUACAUACUUAAAGAUGGGGAUCUGGUCAAAAUAGAUCUUGGAGUUCAUGUUGAUGGCUUCAUUGGCAACGUCGCUCACAGUUUUGUUGUGGGAGCCAGUAAGGAAAACCCUGUUACAGGACGGAAAGCUGAUGUUAUCAAAGCAGCCCACCUGUGUGCAGAAGCAGCUUUACGCCUUGUGAAACCUGGUAACCAGAAUACUCAAGUGACAGAAGCCUGGAAUAAGAUUGCACAGUCUUUCAAAUGCUCACCUAUUGAAGGCAUGCUGUCUCAUCAGUUAAAGCAGCACGUCAUAGAUGGCGAGAAGACCAUCAUCCAGAACCCAACAGACCAGCAAAGAAAGGACCAUGAGAAGGCAGAGUUUGAAGUGCAUGAAGUGUAUGCUGUGGACGUCUUAGUGAGCACUGGAGAAGGGAAGGCCAGAGAUUCAGGUCUGAGGACCACCAUUUAUAAGAGGGACCCCAGUAAACAGUAUGGUUUGAAGAUGAAGACUUCUCGUACGUUCUUCAGCGAGGUGGAGCGACGCUUUGAUGCCAUGCCCUUCACUUUGAGGGCUUUUGAAGAUGAGGCCAAGGCCCGUCUUGGUGUGGUAGAGUGUGCCAAACAUGAAUUGCUACAGCCCUUCAGUGUGCUACAUGAAAAAGAGGGAGAGUUUGUAGCACAGUUUAAGUUCACAGUACUGCUGAUGGCCAAUGGGCCUCACAGAAUCACCAACGGACCCUUUGAACCAGAGCUCUACAAGUCAGAGCAUGAAGUUCAGGAUCCAGAGCUGAGGACUUUACUACAAAGCUCUGCAAGCCGUAAAACACAGAAGAAAAAGAAAAAGAAGGCCUCAAAGACAGCAGAAAAUGCAACUGGACAGCCGACCGAAGACACGGAAGCCGCCGAAUAAAAACUGCCUUUCCAGACAUGCAAGACCCAAAGAGAAGAAAGAUAAAACAUGUUUCCCUGAGCUCUCUGCCCAUUACAUUUAAGAGUUGAUUUUGGCUAAUUUAACUGGUGAAUACAUAAAAGCAUACGCACCAGUUCCAAACCUGACAGCCCCAUGUGGAUGUUUAACCCUUUUCUGCAUUGAUGGAAAGUAUUAUUUUAAGAUUUUGACUUUUCUUUCCCAACUUAACCAGGAAAUAAAGACAUUUGCAAUUAGUUUUAAAACUUUGUUGCCUAAUGUUACUCUGCGGGACAUGUUAUUUUGUGAUUUCAACAUGUAUUCGUUCUCCUCAUGCUUGUUUUGUUUGGAGUCUUUUUUUUUAUUCUUUUUCUUUAAGUGAACUUGAAGCUUAGGGUAGGCAUUAAGGGGAAUCAUCUGACCUGAAUUAUUUUACAUCCUCUCAGCUAUGAGAAACAUGGAUCAUAUUUGUUUCUUUGUGUAUUAGAUAUCAUUAUGGGCUUUUUUGCAUUACUUCAAUGUGAGUUGUGGAAAGUUGCAUCCUUUCGACAGCCAAGUCCAUUCAGUCCUUUUAAACAGGUUUACAUUGUCUUCCACAUCCUAAGUACAUGUUUUGGUACAUUUGUGGUUCCCAAAAUAUUUUAUUAUACAUUAAAUUGAACUUGUUAUUCACAAUUUGUAAUGAUUAAUUUUCUUAUUCUAUGCAGUAAAGGGUUGAUUUAAUCAUUUGCACAUACAUAAUGCAACCUAUAAAUCUGAUGGUUUAAAGAAUGUAUAAUAGAACUGAAAAUUUCAAAACCUGUUUGGCACAGAUAUGUAGUAUGGAUACAUGGUUAUACUUCUAUUAUGAACAUAUUUUUGGCUGUAAUUGCAAUGUGGUAACCACCCUAGAUUUUAAAGCAAUAACCCAAGAAAUAAAAAUGAAUAUUUUUUUAAUAUACAAGCAAGGAAACAUGCUUGAUUUAUGGGAACAAACUGCUACAUUAACUGCCAUUCCCCUUUUAUAGUGAUGGAAACCUAUAACGUAUGUUAAGUUUUUAUGAGUGACACCUAUGACUUUCUUUACUAUUUCAUUAGUGUUGUGAAGCAUGGAAUCUAUAACUGAUUAGGUUUUGGGAAAUGUCUUGGAAGUUUUCAUGUGACUUGGACCAGUGAAAUCAUUUAAUGUUGGUUUUAUUUCAAGGUCUGAGAAAAUGUUGGGUCACAUUUGUCCAAUAUGUUGGUAAAAGCAAAAUGUUGCUUUGUAACUCAACCACUGGGCGACUGAACAUUCUAAUGAAAUAAAAACGUUUUCAUA